AUGUUUGUUUACAAAGCACAGUUCAUUGAGCAAGAUACCCUGGGCUCAGGCUGUUUUGGUAUUGUAUUUAAAGUGAAACAUAAAUUAACAAAUAAAAUAUUUGCCGUAAAAAGAGUACAAUUUAAGGAUGAUUUCAGUGAUGAGAAGAAACAGCGAGUUCUCAAUGAAGUGAAAAGUCUUGAAAAAUUGGACUCAAUUUUUGUGGUUAAAUAUUACAACUCGUGGACAGAAGGGACACAUCUAUACAUACAUAUGGAGUACUGCACGCAAACACUCAAACAUGUACUGCAAGUCAAGCAACAAGUAUUCGAGAGACAACCAAAAGAACCCUUAAAUAUAUUUGAAUAUUACAUUUGUUGCCAAAUAUUUCGACAACUCUUACAGUGUUUGCAAUUCUUGCACGAGUCGUGUCCACCCGUUAUUCAUCGAGAUCUAAAGCCAUCUAAUAUAUUGAUUUCAUACAAUAAUAACAAUUUAGUGCAUUUAAAACUGGGUGAUUUUGGGAUGGCCACAGAACACAAAACAACAUUCAUGAGCCACACUCAGGGCGCCGGUAAUGGCAAGUAUAUGGCACCGGAAGUGAGUUCGUCGAGGGAUUACGACCAUAGGGCUGAUAUUUAUAGCAUUGGUCUCAUUGGAGCUGAAUUGUUUGAUGCCGAUAUCAGAGCGUAUAACUCGAAAAUAUUUUCAUCUCAAUAUAAUGUUGUGGUCAAUAUAUUUUGGUCUAUGAUGAAUGCGAUGUCCGACAAUAGACCAUCAUGUUCUAAAGUACUAAAAGACUAUAGUCAGUGGACAAGUAUAAUAUAA